AAGCAUGUUGAACGGUUUAAUUAAUAGUGGGGUUAUUUGGGAAAUAUAAAAGACAGGAGAAAACCCAAUGGAAAGAAGGUUGUCUUGACUUUUGGUAUUCUCUUCUUCUCCCUAGCUUCUUCUUUAUAAACCAAACCGCUUACUAUGUUAUUUCUUCUUCUUCUCUCUCCCUUAACCAUUAAGUUAUGAGUCAACAGUAAAAAAGAACAAAAGUUUCUUAUUUUGAAGAAAAUACAAAAUAAAAAAUGGAUUUUGAAACUCUUCAUACUAUCUUAGCAAAAUCACUCACCGUCAUUUCCUGGCCUCCAAUUAUUUUGCUUUGUCCUUUAUAUGUUUCUAUUAGGGCAUUGGAGAGUGAUUGUCGUUCCAGUAAUCAACGAUGUCUUGCUUUUUGGGUUCUGUUUUCUUUCUCUAUGAUCAUGGAAUAUGAACUUCAAAUUUUGCUUAGUUGGUUCCCAUGGUGGCCUCAUGUGAAAGCUACGGCAACUAUCCUGCUGCUAAUACCUUAUUUUGGUGCUGCGACGUACAUCUACAAGUUCUUAAUUAAGCACUACUGUUCGUGGAACAUAUGUGGAUGGACGCUGAACACCUUCCACCAGAAAAUCACACAUUUUGAUUUGGACAACGAUAGCAAAAUACUUUCAGAGUCGGAUGAGGGCAGACAAGUAUUUUUGGAAUCGGACGAUAAUAGCAAAAGUGUUGAGGUCUCUGGACAGACAAUUAUUACAAAUCAUUUACAAGAGGAGAAACUCUUGGUAUAUCAGGGAAAAGAUGAUCUUGCUGACUGUGACAAGACAAAUACCGGUUAUACAAGUAAAAAGAAAGUACAGAAGGAAUGGAGUUGUGCUUUAUGUCAAAUUAUUACUACAAGUGAAAAUUGCUUAGGGUCACAUCUUCAAGGGAAGCAACACAAGGCUAAGGAAAAAGAACUUCGAGUUGGGUUACAUGCAACAAAUAUACCGUAUGUUCUAUCCUUUACGCAGGAAAGAAUCAAAGGAAUGGUUCUACUUAGGAAUUUCAACCAAAUUGCAAAGAUACUGAGUCCAGUUUCUAGACCCAUAAUAUGGUGUGAAUGGCAAAAACCGGAAUUUGGAUGGACAAAACUAAAUACGGACGGUUCCGUAAACAAAGUAACUGCUGGUUUUGGUGGUCUACUUCGUGAUUACCGGGGAGAACCAAUAUGCGCGUUUGUCUCCAAAGCUCCACAAGGAGAUACUUUCUUGGUUGAACUUUGGGCUAUAUGGAGAGGCCUUGUUCUCUCCAUAGGUCUUGGGAUUAAAUCAAUAUGGGUGGAGUCAGAUUCCAUGAGUGUUGUGAAGACAAUCAAUAAAAUGCAACAUUGUCCGAAAGCUGAAACCUGUUUGAUACAAAUCUGGAAACUCUUGAGUAAGUUUGAUGAGUAUCGGAUUUCUCACUCGUGGCGCGAAACUAAUAGAGCAGCAGAUCAUCUUGCAAAGAUGGCUCUUUGUGGAAAUGAUGUGGUUCUGUGGCCAGUUGAUUUUUCACAUAGCCUCUGCAAUAUCAUUCAAGAUGAUGCCAGAGGAACGAAAUAUCCAAGACGGUGACAUCGUCAUGGAUCAAAAAAAGUUCUAGUCUGCAUAAAAUAUACAUUUUAUAUUAUAGUCUCUAAAAAAUUUAUCGAUUUUUUGUCGAUAUCUUUUACCAAAAAACGGAUGUUUUUUGUCUUUCUAAAAGCACCCCUUUUUGUAAAAGGUCGUAGACUAAAAAUUGAUAACAUUUUCAUAGGACUAACAUGAAAUAUCCGUAAUUUUAUAUCAAGUAAAAACAUAUUAACCCUUUUGGUAUAUAUCUGAGUCUUUAAGUUUGUGGUUGAUCAUAUAUUAGAACCAUAGGUAGUAAUGCUUGCGUUUAGGGGUCAAGUUGACAUGUUCAUUUUCAAUUCUAUUAGUUAUAGUUUGCAAUGUAAUUAUAGAUGAUAUGUAUUUGCUAUCAUUAUUUCAUAUUAAGUUUUAUGAAGUCACAGUACUCCAAAAUUGCUCAA